AUGGGCUGGGCCCUACACAGGCCACGAGAAGGAUCCAUUAGAUUCACUGACAAAGUUAAGAAAUAUCUAACUGUAAAGUUUGACCCAGGGGAACAAUCAGGGCUAAAAGCUGACCCUCAGCAAGUCUCAAAGGAUAUGGGCAAGACAAGAGAUGAGCAGAAUAGAAGGUUGUUUGAACGAGACGAGUGGUUGACCAAGAGCCAAGUACAGGGUUUUUUUUCUUGCCUUGCAGCAAGCAGAAGAAGGCAACAAGCACGCUCAGAAGUCGAGCACAAUCCAAAGGAGCUAUUUCUGGAGGAAGAAGAAGCUGAAAGAAAACAGCUACUGGCGCACAUUUCUAACGAACUGAGGCUGCAACACCCUCUGCCUUACGACGCCUUUAACUUGUGCGAGUGUGCAAGGGAUAAUAAGCUGAGUCUUUUAAUGUUUCACUGCUUAAAGAAAUCUUGCGCUUUCUUGAAAUACCAUUUAAAUCAUGAGACAGGAAAAAAAAGACCUGAUUGA